UAAUUUACAAAGGGAGGAUAAAUACCUCACCAACGGGGAGAAAAGUUGAAAUUUAUAUGACGGACUAUGAUUGGUCAGCUUUAGUUUCGUUUCCCGCCAAUUUUGUGGCCGCCAUCUUUGUAAUCUGGAAGGUGUGAACGCGAUGUCUGAGCAGAGCGAAAACGGGUCCUCUGACUCCCCAACUGAGGACGUAACACCAACAGCAAGUCCUCAGAAGAGUCCACAGAAGGCAGCUUCGCCCAAGAAAGAUACACCCAAGAAAGAUACACCCAAGAAGGAUACACCCAAGAAGGAAGCACCCAAGGAAGAAGAUGCAGAUGAGGAUGAAGAAAGUAGUGAUGAGGAGCUAGUUGGCCUUUUAGAGAAGGACCCAGUGGUGGAAGGGAAGAGACAACGGAAGAAAACAGAACGACUUGAGGUGGAGGUCACCACCACCCCUAAGGAAGAGUUCAAGAUUCCAGAGGGCAAGGGAACUAAACUUGGUGAGAUUGAGAGAGUUGAAUGGCAGCUACAACGGAACAAGUCAGAGGACCUGAAGCCUCUGCACAGAAUUUUGUUUAACAAGGGAGGAUCAGCAACUGUCGUCAAGAGACACAUACGUCAGUUCAAUGGCUUUGACUUCGAGAAGGAUUCCAAGGAAUAUGAGAAGAAGAAGGAACAGAUUUUGAGGUACACUGUUGCAGCCUUGAAGUACUUCUGUGACACGUUAGACAUCGAGAAGAAGGGGAACAGGGAUGAGUUGGUGGAGAAACUGAUGGAAUUUCUCAUGGAGCCAGUGUCAUCUGGAAAGGCUAUCCCACAGCCCAAGAAGAAAAGAACCAGGAAGAAGAAAGGAGAGGGCAAAGCGGAAGGUGGGAAGAAGAAGAGGAGAAAACAGAAAGCAACAUCUGAGGAGGAAGUAGAGAAUGAUGAUGAUUCCAGUGAUGAGGAGGAGGAGGAGGAGGAGGAGGAAGUAAAGCCCAAGAAGAGAAAGGCAGAUGGCCCCAAGAAGACUCCAAAAAAGACACCCAAAAAGACACCAAAGAAACAACUGAAGGUGAAAAUGCAGAAACCAACACCCAAGAAGAAGCCAGCUGUGGAAGUCAGCUCAGAUGAUGAGUCUGAUGAUGAACCCUUGGCCAAGAAAAUAAAGAAACCUCCAACGGUGUACGAGAAGUAUCCAGACUUUGACUUGACAGACAGGAAAGACUUCAUCAAGUCCACUGUCAAAGCGAUCAUCUCCUGAAGGUGCCAACAGCAAAUGGAAGGAAAAGGGGACCCAGUAACCUAGCCUAGCCUCAACUGACCAAGAACAUAUUUUUUAACUCGUUCCUUCUCCAUUGUAGAUCAUGCAAUGUGACUGUGUAGAAUUGUUCCUUUUUUAUUGUUAUUUUCACAAAGUAUUUAGGUAACUGUUUUUAGCAUCAGAAGUAUUUUCUUCUAGCCUUCAUCUUAAUCAUUGACCACUAUAAAUAGUAUUGUAAUCUGGUCAAGGAAUUUGCAUAAUAGCGCAAGUGAGGUAAUUACUAGUGCCAUGAACUCCAAUACAAAUACAAACCAUAGUUCUAAAUGUAUGUGUUGUCUUGUGCUGUAGAAUGUAUGUUACUAUGUAGCGUGGUCUAUUAUUAAAGGAUUUUUAAGAAUUUGC